AUGAAGGCCACUUUCUUCAUCAUCGGCGCCCUUGCCGCCCUUGUCGCCGCCGCUCCCGCUCCCGCCCCCGAGCCUGAGCCCGCCGAGUUCGACAUCGCCGCCGUCGACGGCCUCGUCGCCCGCUUCGUCGAGGACAACGUCCUGUCCAAGCGUGACUGUGGAAAGUGCUCGAAAGGCAAGAAGCUUUGCUGGUCUUGCAACCCCACCGGUGGUUGCGCCACCAAUGUCUACAAGUGCUAG